GCUAAGUAAACAAAAAGCUUCAACAUCUUCUCAAAACAAACCUCAAUGGCGAAGCCGAGCAAAGUCUGUGUCACUGGAGCCGCCUGCUAUAUCGGUUUAUGGCUUGUCCGUAAGCUCCUGCACAGGGGCUACAUCGUUCAUGCCACUCUAAGAAAUAUAGGUGAUGAAGCGAAAGUGCAGCUGUUGAAGGAGCUGGAUGCAGGGGAAGAGAGGCUGAGAUUAUUUGAGGCUGAUUUAUAUGAUGCGAAGAAGUUCGAGUUUGCAAUUAAUGGAUGUGAUUAUGUCUUCCUCCUCGCCACGCCGCUGUUUCACAACCCUAACUCUCAGUAUCAAGGGACAACAGAGGCUUCAUUGGCUGCAUUGGACAUCAUAAUGGGAGCAUGCGAGAGAUCAGAGUCAGUAAAACGAGUCAUAUACACAGCUUCUAUCAUGUCUGCUUCCCCAAGAAAGAAAGAUGAUUUCAGCUUUAAAGACUGCAUGGAUGAAUCAUGUUGGACUCCCCUCCAUUGUCCUUUUGCUCAUGCUCAGGAAUUCAAUCGGAAUUACAUCAAUUCAAAGACAUUGACGGAGAAGAAACUCCUAACCUACAACAAAAAAAAUAAGCAAAGAGGAAUGAAAGUGGUAAGCUUAGUCUGUGGUCUAGUGGGAGGGGAUGGAAUUCUUCAAAAUUUGUCAACUAGCAUGGCUGCGAUCAUUUCACCAUUGAGUCGUCAAUGGCUUCCCUAUAAUGUGUUAAAGCUAAUCCAAGAAAUGUUGGGCUCAAUCCCUUUGGUUCACAUUGACGAUGUUUGUGAAGGGCAUAUUUUAUGCAUGGAGAAUGAGUUCAUUUCUGAUAGAUAUAUAUGUGUUAGCCAUUGGCUAGUGAUGCAAGAGAUGGUUGACUACUACAAACUCAAGUUUCCUAACGCUCAAGUUCUUGACGAGGUUGAGGGCGUUGAUGCUAGAAAGCUACCCAGUUCUACCAAGUUACUAGAUCUUGGGUUCAAGUACAAAUAUAACAUGGAGCAAAUACUCAGUGGAAGUGUUGAAUAUGCAAAGAGGUUGGGUAGCCUUCCACAUUUGAUAAGCUAGUUAGUCUCAAAUUUAGUAAUUAACUUAUAAUGGUAACACCACUUUUGAUAAAUCAUGUCAUAGGAGACUACAUUUAGGAAGGGAGUUUCAAGAUUCAAUGUCAUAUGUAAAGAACAUAUGAUGAUGAA